AUGAGCUGGGAUCGAGUCAUCCAGGACUCCGACGAGGACGAGCCUCUCGGGGAUGAUGGGGUCGAGGCUCCGGAUUCGCUUGGUCCCUACCAUGGCCAUGAGUCCCCAAAGCAACAACUGCAGGACAACUCGGACCACUAUGCCGUGGAGCAACAAGCAAAUUGCCCAAUUGAGCAACCAGCGGUUCAAGAGUCUGAUACCGAACUAGACCUGGGGGUCAAUUUUGAUCAAUUCUUGCAAUCGCAGGACACGUCGCAAUCGGCAGUGACUUUGUCGCAGCAUCGCCGAGAGGAGCGCUGGAUUCCCUCGGCUGUGGACGGCGGGGGUGGCUCAAUUGGGGCAGUGAUGACUGAGAUUGGACACGCACAGCGCCGAUUACUCGACGACGACAUUUCAAGCGCUGGUCAGCUUCUUCCUUCAACAGACACUCCUUACCCAAGUGAGAUCUCCCAGCCCGGCUCGUUCCCUUCAAUCCCGAACUAUCCGUAUCAGCAAGUCAAUGAGGUUGCCAAUGAUAAUUACACGUAUACACUCCCAGUCGUCCAGGAUUCCUAUGAGGCGACGCAACUUGUCGCACCAACGCAUCCGCGUGCCAAUGGCUAUGAAUACAGUACACCCGCAACAUCGAACAAUGUGGACUCACCAUCUGGCGAACACAGCGAGCGGGUGGAUACAAUUUCUACAUCUGUCCAGCUAAACGAUGCUGUUUACGUAAAUCAACCGCACAAGACCUCGCAACGGUCCAGAUCAAUGCAGUCGCAGAUGUGGUCACCGCAUGAUACUCAGCCAUUGUCAUCUGUCGUUUCUCCAGGAUUGAGCAGAUCCAAAAGCGACAAUGUCAGAUCGGGACUUAUGUCACCGCAGCAUUCUGAGGGCAGUGCGAACGACGAACUGGCGCUGCCUAUGGUGCCGAUGAUGACUACGGAUCCUCCCGCUGUAGUAAAGAAGCGCGGUCGUCCGAAGAAACACCCCUUACCGGAAGAUGACGAAGAGGAUGAACCGCUGCGCCUGCGCCUCGGAAUUACUUUGACUCUGAAUGGACGACGUGAUGCUCUUAAGCAUCAGGAAGCAGCCAAGAUGGACGUUAUCGAGAUCAACGAUGAUGCGGAUGAACCUUCAAAAAGUGAGGUCAAACCUCGAAGUACUCCUGGGCUUAUGGUAGUCCUGCCUGUUGCUUUUGACGGUAAAUCCAAGACCAAUGAUGCGAGCGCGUCAACCGAAUCUGGAACAGCUACAAAGCCACCUAAAAAGAAGAAGGUCAAACGAAGCAAAACAGCAUCGGCUGUUCUCGAUAAGCCCAGGGAAGCAGCUAUCGAUGACGACGUCAUAUGGGUAGACUCGAAUCCUCUCCAAGUAGACGACCACAAGUCUACUGAGCAAGCCGAUGAACCUCCAGCUGAGGAACUUCCCGAGCCGAAGAAGCGUGGACGCAAGCGAAAGAAGACCGCCGAGCCGCUCGCUGCAGAAACAGACUCAGUAUCAGAAGAGCCGCAGCAACAGCCGGAUACAGAAACAGCAGCAACACAAAGCGCGCUUACAACCGAAGAAAAUCUACCCUCAAUCCCCGAGCCAUCAAAUGAAAUCGCAGAGCCCACCCCUCCUCCCCAAAAAGAGUCAACGCCCGCCAACGAAUCUCUCCCCCACACGCCACAGCGAGCAGACGGCAAAGAAAACGACCCCACAACAGGAAAAGCCUCACACAAGGGACCAACCAAGCACAGUCCAAUCUUGUCAACGACAAAAGUGCCAUACCGCGUUGGAUUGAGUAAACGAGCUCGCAUUGCGCCGCUUUUGAAGGUAGUCCGGAAAUGA